AACUGUGCCGGCGGCUUAGCGUGUUAGUCAGCAGCGCACCCACGCUAGCGCCAAAGACAGACUGGCGGGCUUGGCACAGCAUCUGCCAGCCUGCCUUAGGUAAUCAAUCAAUCUUGCGGCUUGAUUGCUUGCUGGCUCUCGGUGGUGGGGAAGGCGGGGCAUUUUUGUUGUUCGCUCGUCUCAACAUCCAGGAGUCAUCGCACCACCCCCGACUCGACACACUGCCCAAAGAUCCAACCCACAAUUUAGUGGUGAGUAUAUCGCCCGUCUGCUGCUUUGUUUUGCUCCCACGCCCUAUUGUCCGAGGUCCUGACGCUCACAGCCUUGCCGCCCACAUAGAAACACAGUCACUCCCAGUCCCUUCGAGUCCAUACCUCAGGCCGUCAAUAUCUUCUUCAUACAAACACGUAGCCUGUGCAUAUACAAGCGCGCUUUCGCCCGUGUCCCUCUCUUUUCGAAACUCAACCUCCCGCCCUCCAUCCAUACUUUUCUCCCAACAUGUCUGCUUCAGCACGUGGUCGCGGUGGCAAGUUCAGCAAGCCCAAGCGCGGAGGUGGAAAGCAUUUCUCGCGAGACCUCCAACCACUGAACGCAGAAGGCGAGGUCAUGGGCAUGUGGGGGGAUGGCAAGCCCGUCAAGGAGGAGGAGGAGUCGGAAGAGGAAGAGUCUUCCGAGGAGGAAUCCAGCGAAGAUGAGGGAGAGAAGCAGGAAAUGACCCGUGAGGAGCGCCGCGCCGCCGCAAAGGCCCGCAAACAGGCCGCGAUAGCCAAGCAGAACAAGAAGAUCCCCGAGGCUGGCGAUCUACCCACCGACUCUGAGGAGGAAGACGAUGAUGACGAAGAUAUGCCUGCGAACCCGAACCAUACAGCCAAGGCCCGCAGCCAGGCAGCCAAAGCCCCAAAGGUUGUCGAGGAGCCCAAGACAAAAGGAAAGGACAAGGACCUCGGCCAGCUGAGCAGGCGCGAGCGCGAGGCAAUCCAGGCCCAACAGGCAAAAGAAAACUACGAGAAGAUGCACGCUGCAGGCAAAACUGACCAGGCACGUUCUGAUCUAGAGCGUCUAGCUUUGGUCAAGGAGCGUCGCGAAGCGGAAGCUGCCAGGAAGAAGGCUGAGGCUGAGGAACGGGCUGAGCAUGAAAAGGCCAAGUCGGAGCAGAUUGAACGUGAGAACAGACGGAGGGAAGCUGCCAUGGGGAAGCGUCGGGGUGGGAAGAAAAAGGCCUAGACUAUCGUCGGUCUAUCUGCGUGAUUCGGCUUGGAGAUCUGGAUACAGUCCUCGUGUAGCAUGCAGCGCGCGAUCAUCAGACAAUCGGAAUUUCCACAAAGCACAGAGGUACAGGCCGUACCUCGAUUCAUAUACAUCAAACAUGCGUUCAAUUGUCCAAGUGCUCAAGUGCUCUCACCCUAUUUCUUGCCUGGCGUGACAUUACCACUGCCCUUAUCCUGGAGUCGCACUACACAAUGCAUGAUACUGCUCAUCCACCCCUACCCACUGACACGAAUAGACAACCAAUCAAUCAAUCUCUCUCUUUUAUACAGCAUUACAAACUAGCCAGAGUCUGGCGUGUCGCGCCUACCCUUCUCCCCCACCACCGCCCUACCACACAUACCCAGCUAUGUACAGAAGGGUAUACCCCGCGUUGCAUGUCGCAUCUCCGCCCU